UUCGCCCCGCCCCCUUUACGUCUGGCGUCAUCGACGUCGAACGGGACUGUUUGUUCUGGAUUUGGGGCGAGGAAGGUCUACGGGCGCUGACAAGCGACUGAACAAGGUUUGACACUCGCCUCUCUAUGUGUUGUGGUUUCCCUGAACUCACAGCGUGUCGCUGGAAAGCAUCCCGAGUUUUCUCAGAAAGGUGCCGCCUCACCAACUGAGAUAUGAUUACACUAGUGGAGUAGACCACAGCGGCACAGCAUCAACCAUAGGGUCAAAGGAGGAAUGUAAUGGCCUGAGGGGGUUCCCCCCACUGCAACCUGCCCCUGCCAGGUCCAACCCAUCUCACCUGUCUGCUCGGCUACUGCAACCCUCUGCUGUGAUGGGAGACGGACUGGAGGCGGGCAGCAGCCAGCAUCUCCCUCCCGCCACGCCGCCUCUCCCCUUCAACCCCCCUCCUCCGGAAACAUGGAACCCUUCCAGACCCAAACGACAGACCAACCAGCUCCAGUAUCUGCUUAAAGUGGUGUUGAAGACAUUAUGGAAACACCAGUUUGCAUGGCCCUUCCAAGCACCUGUAGACGCAGUGAAACUUAAUUUGCCUGACUACUACAAGAUAAUAAGGAGUCCUAUGGACAUGGGCACCAUAAAGAAACGUCUGGAGAACAACUACUACUGGAAUGCCCAGGAGUGUAUCCAAGACUUCAACACAAUGUUCACAAACUGCUACAUCUACAACAAGCCUGGGGAUGAUAUCGUCCUUAUGGCCGAGGCUUUGGAAAAGCUCUUCCUGCAGAAGAUCACAGAGAUGCCGCAGGAAGAGGCGGAGAUCGCCGUGGUCAGUAAGGGUCGUCGUGCAGGGAGGCGAGAGCCCUCUCUGAUGACUAUGUCAGAUUCAGGCCAAGAGUCAUCCUCUCCGUCAACGACCCCGCAUACGAGAGGCUUUUCAUCGCCCCCAACCACUCCACACACCCGUGGCACACCAACCCUCCCCUUAACCCAACCUUUACUUCAGCCCCUCGUCCAGCCCUUAACUCAGCCCUUAACUCAGCCCUUAACUCAGCCCUUAACUCAGCCCUUAACUCAGCCCUUAACUCAGCCCUUAACUCAGCCCUUAACCCAGCCCUUAACCCAGCCCUUAACCCAGCCCUUAACCCAGCCCUUAAUCCAGCCCUUAAUCCAGCCCAUAAUCCAUUCCUUAUCUCAACCAUUUCCCCAAACCAUACCGCAGGCUUUAGCCCAGCCUUUGGCCCCCUCCCAAGUCCAGACACAACCCCCACGGGUGCCUCCCACACCCACAAACCACGCUUCACAUCUCAGACCCCAGUUCACCCUCUCCACCUCUGACGUCCUACCCCAAGGCAUGACUUCUGUCCCCCCUCCACCCAUGACGCACCCAGGCCUCCAUCCUCCGCCGGUGCUGCAGAGCUCCCCGGCCCUCAUCAAGCAAAAGAAAAGCCAGAAGAGGAAAGCGGACACCACCACCCCCACCGCCAACGACCAGUUGAGUGAGUCGCCCCCGGUGUCUGACGUGACCCGGCCUCGCCGAGACAGCGCCCGCCCGUCGAAGCAGCCCAAACGGGACUCGUUGCAGCCGGACUCCCAACAUCACAUGGGCGGGGGCCUGGAGAUGGGCGCCACGGCGACUUCCAAGCGCCAGGAUCAGCUCCGCUUCUGCGCACGACUCGUGAGAGAGAUGCUGUCCAAGAAGCACAUGGCGUACGCCUGGCCUUUUUCCAAACCCGUCGACGCCAAAGCUCUGGGCCUGCACGACUACCAUGACAUCAUCAAGCACCCGAUGGAUCUCAGCACCAUCAAGAAAAAGCUGGAUAACAGGCAGUACAGAGACGCUGAAGAGUUUGCUGCAGACGUCCGGUUGAUGUUCUCUAACUGUUACAAGUACAAUCCUCCAGAUCACGAUGUUGUUUCCAUGGCGCGUAAAUUACAGGACGUGUUCGAGAUGCGCUUCGCCAAAAUGCCUGACGAGUCCGAAGGGCCCAUCCCGGUCCCCACGCCGUCGUCGGCCCUCCUCUCCGUCCCCCCCACUCGACAAGCCCCUCCUCCGUCUGCUGCGUCGGAAGACGACAGCUCCAGUUCCUCCGACUCCGAGUCGUCCAGAGGAGACUCGGAACAGGAACGACAACAGCGACUGGCUGAGCUACAGGAGCAGCUCAAAGCUGUUCAUGAGCAGCUGGCGGCGCUCUCCCAGCCACCGACCAGCAAGCCCAAGAAGAAAGAGAGAGACAAGAAGGAGAAGAAGAAGGAAAAGCAUAAAAAGAAGCAGGAACCUGAGGAACCUGCAGAAACCUCUCCUCCCGCGAUGCUUCAGACUUCUAAGAAAAGCAAGAGUAAAGAUCCCGUCACGAUAAAGGAGAAGAAGAAGAAGCCCAGUAAGAAAGAGGACCUCAAAAACAGCCGGCCAGCUCCGCCCCCUCCGUCAGGACCCAUCGCUCUCCUGCCUUCAGCUUCUCUGGAAGCGGAGGACGACAUCGAUUUUGGCUCUUGCAAGCCGAUGUCGUACGAGGAGAAGCGCCAGCUGAGCCUGGACAUCAACAAACUGCCCGGCGACAAGCUCGGCCGAGUCGUGCACAUAAUCCAGACGAGGGAGCCGUCGCUGAAAAACUCGAACCCCGAUGAGAUCGAGAUCGACUUUGAGACCCUGAAGCCGUCUACGCUGAGGGAGCUGGAGAAAUACGUGUCUAGCUGCCUCAAGAAGAAGAAAAAACCAUCAGUAGAGAAGUCUCUGGAAAUGACCAAGAUAAAGACAGGAUCUUCAUCUUCAGGCAGCAGCGACUCCUCAGACAGUGAGGACUCUGAGAAUGGGCUGGUUCCCAAGCAACAGAAGAAGACGUUACCCAACAAGGACUCCAAGAGAGGGAACCACCAGCCGCCUCCUCCUCCUCCUCUUCCUCCCAGUGGGAUGCUCCCAGUCGCCCCCGCGCCUCAAACACAACCCCAGCUGUUCCAGUCCAAGCCCCCGUUUGUAUCCGCUCCCUCUGUCCCGCCGCUGGAUUCCUCUCAGCUGCUGUCCUCGGGAUUCGACCCUCUGGCACAUUUCAUGAAUUCCCACCUGACCGAGUCAAACGCAGAGUCCAGCACCGCCGCCGGGGCAGCGUUACCCCCGGGCCUGCUGAACGCAAACGCACCCCUCAACCAGACACCGACCGACACGCAUCCUUUCCUAAACCAGCAUCCCAUCGUUCCUUCCCCAGCCAUCCACAACGCCCUCCCCCAGCAACCAUCCAGACCUAGCAACCGCGCUGCGCCUCUUCCGCCCAAACCGCCGCAGCCUCCUCCAUCCUUGCUGCCUACCCUGCCUCCUGCGCCUCCCGCCGUCCCUGCCCAGCUUCAACCCACGCUUCCCAUGAGCCUCCCGCAGCCCGUCCUCCGCCCACGCGUCCCGUCGCCGCCGUCGCACGGCAUCCUGGGUACCCUCUCAGCUCAACCUCCUCAGGCGUUGCUGGAGGACGACGAAGAGCCUGUGCCGAACAGCUCCGAGACGCCGCCGCUCAGUCAGGUUCACAACCUGCUGCAGUCGCUGCAGCCCCGGGUUACCAUGCCGCCGCAGCAGCAGCAGCCGCCGCAGCUGCAGCAGCCGCUGCAGCCGCUGCACACACACUCGCCUGGGCAGGCCGCUUCCCAGCUCCUGCAGUCGAUACACACGCAGGUCUUGGCGGCGGCACCGCCCACCCAGACGCAGAGACACGUCCCAGCUCACGUUCCCCAGCUGUUCCCGAAUUCCCAGCCGGCGGGGUCCCAGCAGCUGAAGGGUGCUGUCCUGCAGCAGAAGGUCCAGCAGCUCCAGCAUCAGCAGCAGCCAUCCCCACACAACACAGUAGAGGCCUUCUCAACUAAAGGCUGCCUGCGUGAAAGCCCGUCUCCUCUAAUGAUGCAUUCGCCUCAAAUGCCUCAGUUUCAUCCAAUGGGACAGCAGUCACCUUUACAGACCAAGAAGCAUGAGCAGAGGUCCAACCUGGUGGGAGUCAAAGAGGAGAAGCCUUCGCAGUCUCCAGGUCUACCUUCAUCACCUUUCAGCCCUGCAGUCCGCCAAGACGCACACAAACAUGACAACAAACACAGUUUGGAGAUGAAGCCGCUGGAUGGUUCUCGUCCCGUUUCCCGCCUCCCCAACUCCCCAUCGCCGCCCGCCUCCCAACCGGAGAACAAAAUCAAGCAAGAACCCAAGACCCCCAUCGCACCCAAAAAGACACCGGAUGUGAAACUAAAGAACAUGGGCUCCUGGGCCAGCCUGGCUCAACGCUCCCAGUCUGCGCCGACGUCAUCGCUGCGCUCGUCCAGCGACAGCUUCGAGCGCUAUAAGCGAGUCGCCAUGGAGAAGGAGGAGCGGGAGAGACAGCUGAAAGCCCAGGCAGAGCAGGCCAAGAGAGUGCAGGAGAUGCUACGCCGCGAUGAUGACGACACAACGGAGCACGGUCGCCGAGGGCGACAGUCGCCCCUCGCUCCGACCCCUCCCCCCGUCUCCUCUCCGCCCACUCACUCCCCUCAGCCGCCGCCGGCUCCCGCCAAACAACAAGCUCCGCCCCCUCCGCCCGUGGCGGCAGCAGCAGCACACAGCGCUCUGGACCAGCAGAGGGACCGGGAGCGCCUCCGCGAACGGGACCGGCGCUUCAGAGAGGCUAUGGCGGACAACAUCGACAUCAAUUUCCAGAGCGACCUUAUGGCGAUUUUCGAGGAGAUGCAGCGCCUCCGCAGUUUGAUGGCUUUUGUUGCAGUAGAGAAGUCUCUGGAAAUGACCAAGAUAAAGACAGGAUCUUCAUCUUCAGGCAGCAGCGACUCCUCAGACAGUGAGGACUCUGAGAAUGGGCUGGUUCCCAAGCAACAGAAGAAGACGUUACCCAACAAGGACUCCAAGAGAGGGAACCACCAGCCGCCUCCUCCUCCUCCUCUUCCUCCCAGUGGGAUGCUCCCAGUCGCCCCCGCGCCUCAAACACAACCCCAGCUGUUCCAGUCCAAGCCCCCGUUUGUAUCCGCUCCCUCUGUCCCGCCGCUGGAUUCCUCUCAGCUGCUGUCCUCGGGAUUCGACCCUCUGGCACAUUUCAUGAAUUCCCACCUGACCGAGUCAAACGCAGAGUCCAGCACCGCCGCCGGGGCAGCGUUACCCCCGGGCCUGCUGAACGCAAACGCACCCCUCAACCAGACACCGACCGACACGCAUCCUUUCCUAAACCAGCAUCCCAUCGUUCCUUCCCCAGCCAUCCACAACGCCCUCCCCCAGCAACCAUCCAGACCUAGCAACCGCGCUGCGCCUCUUCCGCCCAAACCGCCGCAGCCUCCUCCAUCCUUGCUGCCUACCCUGCCUCCUGCGCCUCCCGCCGUCCCUGCCCAGCUUCAACCCACGCUUCCCAUGAGCCUCCCGCAGCCCGUCCUCCGCCCACGCGUCCCGUCGCCGCCGUCGCACGGCAUCCUGGGUACCCUCUCAGCUCAACCUCCUCAGGCGUUGCUGGAGGACGACGAAGAGCCUGUGCCGAACAGCUCCGAGACGCCGCCGCUCAGUCAGGUUCACAACCUGCUGCAGUCGCUGCAGCCCCGGGUUACCAUGCCGCCGCAGCAGCAGCAGCCGCCGCAGCUGCAGCAGCCGCUGCAGCCGCUGCACACACACUCGCCUGGGCAGGCCGCUUCCCAGCUCCUGCAGUCGAUACACACGCAGGUCUUGGCGGCGGCACCGCCCACCCAGACGCAGAGACACGUCCCAGCUCACGUUCCCCAGCUGUUCCCGAAUUCCCAGCCGGCGGGGUCCCAGCAGCUGAAGGGUGCUGUCCUGCAGCAGAAGGUCCAGCAGCUCCAGCAUCAGCAGCAGCCAUCCCCACACAACACAGUAGAGGCCUUCUCAACUAAAGGCUGCCUGCGUGAAAGCCCGUCUCCUCUAAUGAUGCAUUCGCCUCAAAUGCCUCAGUUUCAUCCAAUGGGACAGCAGUCACCUUUACAGACCAAGAAGCAUGAGCAGAGGUCCAACCUGGUGGGAGUCAAAGAGGAGAAGCCUUCGCAGUCUCCAGGUCUACCUUCAUCACCUUUCAGCCCUGCAGUCCGCCAAGACGCACACAAACAUGACAACAAACACAGUUUGGAGAUGAAGCCGCUGGAUGGUUCUCGUCCCGUUUCCCGCCUCCCCAACUCCCCAUCGCCGCCCGCCUCCCAACCGGAGAACAAAAUCAAGCAAGAACCCAAGACCCCCAUCGCACCCAAAAAGACACCGGAUGUGAAACUAAAGAACAUGGGCUCCUGGGCCAGCCUGGCUCAACGCUCCCAGUCUGCGCCGACGUCAUCGCUGCGCUCGUCCAGCGACAGCUUCGAGCGCUAUAAGCGAGUCGCCAUGGAGAAGGAGGAGCGGGAGAGACAGCUGAAAGCCCAGGCAGAGCAGGCCAAGAGAGUGCAGGAGAUGCUACGCCGCGAUGAUGACGACACAACGGAGCACGGUCGCCGAGGGCGACAGUCGCCCCUCGCUCCGACCCCUCCCCCCGUCUCCUCUCCGCCCACUCACUCCCCUCAGCCGCCGCCGGCUCCCGCCAAACAACAAGCUCCGCCCCCUCCGCCCGUGGCGGCAGCAGCAGCACACAGCGCUCUGGACCAGCAGAGGGACCGGGAGCGCCUCCGCGAACGGGACCGGCGCUUCAGAGAGGCUAUGGCGGACAACAUCGACAUCAAUUUCCAGAGCGACCUUAUGGCGAUUUUCGAGGAGAGUCUUUUCUGAAAAGGAAA